CCCCGCCCUUCCCUCCCCUUCCGAAUCAUCACCGGCAACUCAUGAUGGAGAGUCAGGAUUAUUCGCCGCCACACAUGGACGCAUCAAGGCCGUCCCUUGGUUUCCCUCUCGGUACUGCGCUUCUCUUGAUCGUCAUCUUCAGCUUGAGCGGAAUAUUCUCCUGCUGUUAUCACUGGGACAAGCUCAGGUCCCUCCGCAGAUCCUUCUCCGUCGGAGAGAGCAUCGUCGAUCCCGAUUCCGACAUCGAAGCUGCUUCCAAAUCUAAGAAGUCACACACGGAAUUGAAGCAGAGCAAGAGCCAGAGCUUGCCGGUGCUAAUGCCGGGAGAUCAGUUUCCGAAGUUUAUUGCAUUGCCUUGUCCAUGUGAGCCGCCACGGCCAGAGAUGGUUGUCGUGAAGGUGGAGGAGCCGCUAAAGCCGCCGCCACUGGUGGCGCCUUUCUACUAGUAAAAUUUGACUCGUCGGUGUACAUAGAGGCCAACUCUGUUUUUUGCCCAUGUUUUUUGGGGUUUUCUAUUCUAAGAGAGAGAAAAAAAAAAAAGAUUUUAGGGUUUUAAAUAUUUAUUAUUUUUGCCAUUUAUUGUAACCCAACCCAUAUUUUGGUUUCCAAGUUAUACACUUAUUCAAUCCUAAUUGAAGAAUAUCGAAUUAAUAA